AUGCUUGCACACGGAGCAGGAGUUUGGUGCCUCCACCCAACGGUUAGAUUAGCAAGAAAGCUCUCUUCCAUCCAAAGAGGCUUUCUGCUAGCAAUUACUGGAGCAUACAAGACCACGUCUACCGCAGCACUUCAGGUUAUCCUUGGCUUGCCACCACUUCAUCUGCAGCUUCAGAUGAUGGCAAGAAUGACUGAACUGUAUAUACUUCGUGGAAUCGCACAUGAUAUGCCACACAUCAGCCCAUACGAGUAUGAACACAGAGCUACGGGAUGGACGUCACAUCCUUCUAAACAUCUCCAAACUCAUCAAAUUUCGUUGGAGGACGGUGGAUCUCAGAAUUUAGUACUCGGGUUCUAUACCGAUGGAUCAAAGACCUCAGCAGGAGUCGGGGCUGCAUUUUGUGUUGUGCAGGAUGCAGUAAAGGUGCAGGUAAUGACAUCUGCAGAUUUCAUCUCCUCGGAUAAAAACGGAUCGACGAUAGAUGCUGCCGUUAUCGAGCGCCACAGAUUGACCUUUGCAGAAUGA